AUGGCGACAUCUCUUCGCGUGGGAUUCUGUGUGCGCCUCGGCCAGGUGCACCUUCGACUGGGACCUUGGGCGUACCGCAUCGACUUAAACAACAUGGUCCAGCAAAACACUGCGACCCGGCGCAUGCGCCACAUUCGGCGCAGUACGCGCAGCGCCGCACUCUGGUUCUGGGAAAGCACAGAUGGAACUGCAACCAGAUACGACCCUCAAGUCGAGGCGUCUUUAGAAGCAGCGCACUGUGAGUGGACGGAGAAGGCUGGCGGGAGUCCCGGCGGCGUUUCGAGUCCAGCUGCCUCGACUGCAUCCUGGUCAGGCAGAGACGGGCACUGUUUCGUCGCAGAUCUGGAGAAGAUGACCGAAACGUGUAGGGCGACAGGUGCAGUGAGGCGAAUUUGUCGGUGCGUCUUGAGACCGGAACAUCGACUGGACGAAGACAUGGCGACAAGCCGAAAAGGCACAACUCUACCGUCGCUGAGAGUGGGGAUAGAUGAAAGUGGCGCAUGCAGGUGUGCAGGCAACUUGCGAGUCGCCGAUCCCGAGGAUCUCAAUGCGGUUCUUCUCCCCGUAGAAGAAGUCGUGGAUGACGUGUGCGCCAUCUGCCUGGACCCACUGGAGAUUCCGUGUCUUGCCCGGAGGACGACGAUGGCCGUGACGGAGAACUCUGGCGACUCUGAGGAGCCAAAGGAGGUUGUAAAACUGAAGAACUGCAGCCACAUGUACCACCGGGAGUGCGUCCUCGUGUACGUUUCCCGAGCUGACCGAGGCGGGUUCGCGUGUCCCACAUGCAGCACGGUGCAGUGUACAGGCAACGGGCCGUCGCCGGCAGGAACGAUGAAGUGGAAAAUCGACCAGGCGCCAACUCUCGGGGGCUACAGCGCCAGCGGAACCAUAUACGUGGAGUACGACAUACCACGUGGCAUUCAGUCUGCCAGGCACGCGCGGCCUGGGAGCCCGUUUGCGGGGACGCGUCGGUUUGCGUAUUUGCCUGACACGACAGAAGGCCGCGAGAUUCUCUCGCUCCUCAUCCAUGCAUUCGUGAAGGGUCACACCUUCACAGUUGGCACGAGCCUGACGACUGGUCGUUCCGACGUGGUCGUGUGGAAUGGCAUUCACCACAAAACAAACCGUUCAGGAGCCAGUCCUAGAAUUCUGCCAGCAGUUUGCGCUCAGGAAAUGCAUGCCUUUCUGUUGCUGCCUGCUGCCGUGCUCCUGUUGCCCCUGCGGUCUCAAGGUCCCGCAGUGUAUGGCUAUCCGGACGCGUCCUAUUUCGACCGCGUUCGAGCCGAGCUCGAGGCGAAGGGCGUGACUCGGGCACUUUUGUCUUCCCCUGACGCGGCCGUUUGUCAGCUGCCUUCUGUAAGCCCUGAGGGAAAUCUGAUAGAGAGCGGCGAAGACGAAGGAAAACCCGAGGCCGCGACAGUCAGUGCCCGCAGCGGCGUGCCUCACACCACCCGAGAAGGCGCAAGUGCCUGCGAGCCGGGGGACUGUCUCUCCUCUUCCAGUUCGCCGAAACGUCGAGGCGACUCGCGAGGUGGGACCUCAAAUGGUCGGCGGGCGAUGCGGGGGGCCUGCUGCGGAUUGUCCACCGCUGCUGUCCGUACACCCCCCGUGAGACGCGGGCAGGAGUCCGUGAGGACGGUGACGUGCCGGUCCGUCGACGAGACGCCAGCUAGCAGCCUUCCACAGUUGCAGGCGCCACUUGACGCGUGCAUGCAGUCCAGCGAAAAUAACGAGAAGCGCCUCACCCGCAAUUCCGGAUGUAGCCGCAGCCGGAGGGAGAGCCGGGAGCAUGUGCCCUCGAGUGCAAGAGACGAUGAUGGGGGGAGAGUUGGUGGGCGUACCGAGGAAGCCCGUUCCGCGUCACAAGGCGCGAAUACAGUGGGAACUGGGGCGUCGUUGACGCACUUUGGGGAGAUGGGCGAGGAAGGCAGGAAAGUCAACGGGUUGGAGAGAAAAGGCCUUGCUGAACUGACUGAGGCUGACAAGGCGCUCAAGAGAUGUCGGUCGAAGGACAUUCUCAGUGCCCAAGCAGAAAACUAUCAAACACACAGAGGGUGCGGGGAACCUCGCGAGACGUCCAAAAAGCCACAAUAA